CACGAAAACCUUAUUCUAUAUAGUGGUGUAACCCCUCCAGCUCUACGCUGAGUAGAAUGCGCUAGAGAAGCUACAGCUGGCUGAGCUAGGGAUGUUCGGCUAAGCAUCUGGAGAUAAGGCACCAUCUUGGGCAAGAGCAUCGUCUAACCCUUGCAGUUGCGCGGUAUCUGCAACAAAUCUUAUCCGAUUUAAAUGUAUUAUUAUGUGACUAAUGUUCCAAGGUUUGUGUACCCGUCAGCCCGUACAUUCCCUACCCAUAGUGCAUUCCGAAAGGGCUCUUGAGCUAAAAAUUCUUGGGAUUUCCACUCGUCCACUCGGAAGCUACGACAAUUGUUAGCCUCGCCUUGCGCUCACUUUUAUCAUUUUUUUAUCAUUUUAUCUUUGGCUCAUCCAUCCACAUUAUUUUCCGUAUUUGCGUAUUUGCGUAUUUCAACCGUCUUGCUCCUCAAUGCCGACCUACCAAAUAGCUCUGUGAAGGAGAGAUCCAUACCUAUCGGGAAAAUCUUUUCUGUAUACUACCUUGAUGUGUGGCAUUUGCACCGUGCGACCGCCCACCACACCUUCGCUUUCAGUAGUGAUCAUAUAGAAACGCGCAUGGCCGAUUCAGACCCAAACAAUGCCACACACGAUGACGCCCCUUUGGGCCAAGAUUCGAUUCUCUCGCCCCGAGGUCUCGAAGCCUUCACCCGAAAGGUGACAACUACAGCGAGCCAUUUGGUAGGACCCGGCGCGGAUCCGUCGGGGAAUCACUAUCACAACGCUAUGGCUCAAGUACACAGACAGCUAAAGAAACCCGGCAUUCAACGAGGCAUGUUCACCAUGGCGAGGACCACACCAACCGACUUGGUUCGCUCCAAGUUUUCUACAGCCGAAAUCCAAUCACGCGCCCUAUCUUACUUGCCCGAUGACAUGCUUCAGAACCUACCCGAAAAUGAUAACGCCUAUUCUCUAUUCCAGGGCUUCCAAGCAAGCUUCCCCGAACUGACGCAUGAGGGCAAAAAACACCGGAGAAGAUCUUCGAGGGGGAGAAAGAUGAUUGACGACAGCCCAUCAGCUCCAACUAGUCCGCACCACCUCAAUAAACUGAAAAAAGAGAGAUCCUCGCUCAUGCAUGAGCUUGAAAUGCUUAGUAUUCGGAAGAAUAUGGCGAGCAGCGAGAUCCAUGAAAUAGAUAAUAAGAUUGCCAACCUGGCAGGCAUGAGGCGCAUCAUUCUUGAGAGAUUAGCAGGUCUAGAGCAAGAGGAAGCUUUAUUAGAACAUGAUAUUGUGGAUAUAGAAGGCCGGGUAGAAGACGCACAGGCUCUCGUUGACGAGGCCGAAUCGAUAGCUGCCGCUGCUGACACCCCAACUAAAUCAGACGAUGACGAUCUAGUAACAGACCAGGAUGCGGAUGAGUUCAUGUCAAAAUCCAUUUAUGAGAAGCUUCCGUCAACUGCUAGUACACCAACAAAAAAGAGGCACAAAACCACAAAACGGAAAUCAAUGCCUAUAUUACACGAACAUUUUGAACCUGGUUAUAUGAUACGAGAAAUUAAGGCUCAUGCGGAUCAUGUCACGGCGUUAGACUUUGAUGUACCUUUUGGCACUUUGGUAUCGGCUUCUAUGGAUGAUUCGGUCAAGGUAUGGGAUCUUAAUGCUGGGCGUUGCAUCGGGUUACUCGAGGGUCACACUGCUUCGGUUCGAACGUUACAGGUAGAGGACAAUAUUCUUGCUACGGGUUCUAUGGAUGCCACUAUCCGGUUGUGGGAUCUGAGCAAAGCUCAUUACGAUCCUCAAGGUAGUCAAUUCGGAAGAGAUGACGAAGACGACGACGGUAUGGCUUUUGAGAACCCAGACGAUCAACCAGUAGACCCCCCCGAAGGAAGCAUGGCGGACUGUCCGCUCUUUACCCUAGAAUCACAUAUGGAUGAGAUCACGGCUCUUCACUUUAGAGGUGAUGUUCUUGUUUCAGGUUCUGCGGAUAAGACGCUUCGCCAGUGGGAUCUCGUAAAGGGGCGGUGUGUACAAACACUCGACGUGAUGUGGGCGGCAGCACAAGCUUCGGUUUCUAUAGGUACAGGUGAGGGGACUUGGCGGCAAACCAACCGACCGGCGACACAAACAGCCGACUUUGUGGGGUCUUUACAAGUCUUUGAGUCCGCACUCGCCUGUGGUACAGCCGAUGGUAUGGUGAGGUUAUGGGACCUGAGAAGCGGACAGGUUCAUCGCAGCCUCGUUGGACAUACUGGGCCGGUAACCUGUUUGCAAUUUGAUGACGUGCACCUUGUGACAGGCAGUUUAGAUCGAAGCAUACGGAUAUGGGACCUACGCACAGGAUCCAUAUUCGAUGCCUACGCGUACGAUAACCCGGUCACGAGUAUGAUGUUCGAUAACCGACGCAUCGUCAGCGCCGCGGGCGAGGACGUAGUAAAAGUUUACGACAAGAUGGAGUCGCGGCAAUGGGACUGCGGCGCGGGGAUUGCGGAGGCGGACGGAGGUAGGGCACCGGCCAUCGUCGAGCGUGUCCGCCUCCAAGACGGCUAUCUUGUCGAGGGACGCCGCGACGGUGUCGUAGGUGCUUGGGCUUGUUAGUCUUAAGUAGAUUAACAUAUCCCGGUGUGCCUUAUCGUAUGUACAUAUGUGAAUAUUUGCGAAUAGUCAAUGUCACUACGCAACUUAUCUCAUCUAUAAACACGGGGGUCAGUUGGGUUGUAUGCAUG